AUGGCGUCGCUCGAGGUGCUCGCGUACACGUUCGGCGUGCUGGCCGUGGUGCUGUUCGGCGCGGGCGCGUGCGCGUUCGCGGUGUACCGCGAGAUGAAGCAGGGCGGCCCCGACACCCCCGACUUCUUCCUCACGGCGCGCAAGUCGGUCCCCAUGCUCACCAUCGCGUGGUCGUUCUACGCGGGCGCGAUGGGGUCGUGGGCGCUGUUCGGCCCGCCGUCGUACUGCUCGUACGCGGGCACGCUGGGGAUGAUCAUGUACUCGAUAUCAGCAGGCCUGCCUAUCAUCAUAGUGGCGUGGUUCGGCGCGGUCAUCCACCGCCUCGUGCCGUCCGUCGUGUCCAUGGCGGACUAUGUGCGCCGCCGCUUCGGCCUCGUCAUCUCCCUGUACGUGUCCGCCCUCAUGCUGUUCAACAUGGGGGUGGCCAUCACAGCCGAGUACACAGCAGUCGGCAGCCUCUUCACGGACAUCAUCGGCUCCAAGAGCCUGCCCAUCAUCCUCGUUAUAGGCCUCGUCUCGCUCACCUACACCGCUAUUGGAGGGCUCUACGUGUCCAUUAUCACCGACCAGUGGCAGGCCGGCAUAUCAGUGGUGCUCGUGCUCUUCAUAUUCGUCUGCAUCUUUGCUCACCCCACGCGCUUCCCCUCUCCAUUCCCCUGUCCCGAUUCUCACCUCCCCCACACUCAGGCGGGCAUAUCAGUGGUGUUCGUGCUGGUGCUCUUCAUAUUCGUCUGCGCCACAUUCGACGCGCCUCUCGGCCCCUUGCCCUCGGAGCCAGUGGACCUCACGUGGAGCAACGAGUUUGGCCUCGCGUCCAUCGCUCUGCUGGGCGUCAUCGAGCCGCAAGGCGCUGCUGGGGGGAGCAGCGCUGCCCCUUCAGGCCGCCCUCUGAGCUCCGCUGCUGUUUGUUCAUCCCCUCCCCCCCUGCGCCGCACUCCUCCCCCACCAGCUGCUGGGCGUCAUCAAGUCGCAAGGCGCUGCUGGGGGGAGCAGCGCUGGCGUCAGUGGCCGUCACAAUUGUUGUCUUCCUCUUCGGCUUUGGAGGUAAGCUCCCUCCUGCUCUCCCCUGCUUCUUCCCUCGUUGUUCCCUCACUGCUCUCUCCCUUCUCCCUCCUUGCUUUCCCCUUGCUCGCCCCUUGCCUGCCUGUCCUCCUGCCCGCCUUCUUGAAUGCUCUCCGCUUGUUCGCUGCUGCUGCUGCACUCUCCGCCUUAUGGUUCCCCUUCCUCCCCCAUUCUCUUCUCACCCCAUUUCUUCGCCUACUCGCGGUGUGGGGAGGCGUGCGGCAGCCGAACGAGGAGUUCACCAACACCAACACCAUCCUCUUCUCGCUCUUCAACCUUUCCACUGCGACCCCCUCCCUCCCCGCUCCUCUCCCUCUUUCCCUCCCAUUCCCUUCCACCUGCAACAGGCCUACUCGCCGUGUGGGGCGGGGUGUGGCAGCUGAACGAGGAUUUCACCAACACCAACACCAUCCUCUUCUCGCUCUUCAACAACACCACGUGGAUCCUGGUCAUCGCCACCGUGCUCGCUGUCGUCAUGUCCGAGUCCGCCCCUUAUGGUUCCCCUGCCUCUGCCCCUCUCCCUUCCCCCCUCUCCCUCUCCCCCUCUCCCUCUUCCCUUCCCCCUCUCCCACUCUCCCCCCCUCCCUUAUGGCAGGCCUCCUCGCCGUGUGGGGAGGUGUGUGGCAGCCCAACGAGGAUUUCACCAACACCAACACCAUCCUCUUCUCCCUUUUCAACGACACGACGUGGAUCCUGGUCAUCGCCACCGUGCUCGCGGUCGUCAUGUCCGAGUCCGCGGUCGACUCGCUGCAGAACGCCAUCGCCGACACGCUCACCACGGCCUUCCUCGCAAUCAUCGACUUCUUCCUCUCAGUCUCUUCCGGCCCGGUCGAAGCCGCAGUCACAAAAACCGCCUUCAUGGCCGUCUUUGAAUCCAAGGGCAUCUGGGCAAUUAGAGCAAUCGUACUGCUCUUCAACAUCCCUCCUCUGGUCGUGGCCCUCAAGGGGUACAAUGUGCUCCAGCUCUUCCUCCUCGCAAACCUCCUCACCACCACAUCAGUCAUCCCCGUGAUGGCGGGUGUGAUCCCCGGGAAGUGGUCCCGCAGGGUCAUCACGCCAUUCUCCGUGGGCUUUGGGUGCCUGUCUGGCAUCGCGUCUCUCUUCAUCUGGACGCAGAUCUACUCGGUCAAGAAUGACAUGUCGUAUUCUGAUUCGCUCUACCAGGUGUUUCUAUACGCGUACGACUACCCUCCCUUCCUCAUGGCUCUCGGGUUCUCGGUUGCGGGGAUGGUGGUGGGAGCGGGGUGUGAGGCUGUUGCAAGGGUUGUGCUCAAGAAGGAGUACCCCGAGUUUGACCUGGGUUCGGAGGAGUUGCCGGAGGUGCAGAGCGGUGAGAUGGUGGAUGCAGGCAUGGAGAAGCUGGGUAUGGGUGAUGGUGACAGUGCUGCGAGCACAUGUCAUCACUGCAGCGCGCAUCCGCACACGUCAUCACUGCAGCGCGCAUCCGCACACGUCAUCACUGUAGCGCGCAUCCGCACACGUCAUCACUGCAGCGCGCAUCCGCACACGUCAUCACUGCAGCGCGCAUCCGCACACGUCAUCACUGCAGCGCGCAUCCGCACACGUCAUCACUGCAGCGCGCAUCCGCACACGUCAUCCUCGUCGGACGCGUCGUAUCUGCGUCGCCUGGGCGGCAGGCGAAUAUCCUCCCACUCCACGUCGCUGCGCGCAGUGCAGGGGCGGAGCGGAGUUGAGGCCAUGGGGAUAAGGGAGGGGAAGAGAGGGGGGGGAGGGGGGGGAGAGAGAGAAGGGGCAGAGGUUGGUGGAGGGAAGGGCGGAAGAGAAUGGGGGCAUACUGACCUCCCGCCUCACGUCGCUGCGCAAUGCAGGGUGGGCCGUUGA